CUUGUCAUGAUAAUUUUUUUUACAUGAUAAUUUCUUUUGCCAUGUGCUUUUUAGAUCCUAAGCAUAGUUCUACUAUCAAUGGCUUUGGCUUCUGAAGAAUAUAGACUACAUUGCACACUACGGGGUCAUCAGUCAGAUGUGAGAUCUGUUGCUACCACUGCUGCAGGGAAGAUCCUCACUGCUUCUAGAGACAAAUCUGCAAGACUGUGGCUGCCUCAGAGUGGGGGAUAUGUAAGUGAGACAGAGUACACUGGCCACACUGGCUAUGUAACUAGCAUUUGCUCGCUACAUCCAAGUGAUCAGUGGCCAGAUGGGCUCACAUUCACAGGGUCACGAGACAGCACAAUAUUAGUCUACAACCCUUCCUGUGUUUCGGCACUUCAGCAACUCAAAGGACAUACAGAUACAGUUUCAUGCCUGGUCAGCAGUGGAGGCUUGCUGGUGUCAGGGUCAUGGGACCAUACGGCUAGGUUGUGGAGCACAACAGCAGCUGAUGCUUUCCCUUGCAUUGCUGAGCUGAAGGCUCAUGCAGGGCCCUUGUGGGCUGUGGCUUUGCUACCUGAAGGAGGUGGUCUACUCACUGCAGCUGCUGAUAAACUCGUUUAUCUCUGGCACCAAAACAAGGUUGCUGGUAAGUUCAGUGGUCACACUGACUGCGUUCGUGACCUCGCAGUAAUCAAUGCUUCUAGCUUCCUCUCCUGCUCCAAUGAUGCAUCCAUCAGGCGCUGGAACAUUGAAACUAGCCAAUGCAUUGACAUCUUCUAUGGCCAUACAAACUUUGUUUAUUCCUUGAGUUUGAUCAGCGACACAAGCGGGUCUUUCCGAGGCUUCGUGAGCGGCUCCGAGGACCGGACGCUGCGGGUGUGGAGCGCCAGCGGUAACUGCAGACAAACUGUGCACCUGCCUUGCCAGAGCGCCUGGAGCGUCGCCGUGCUACCCAACACAGACGUCGUUGUCGGAUGCAGCGACGGCACAUGUCGCAUCUUCACGGCGUCUUGCGAGAGAGCAGCAGCAGCAGAGGAGCUACAGGCGUAUGCUGACGAAGUCGCUGCCGCCGUCAGACCUGCUGCUGCUGAGCUCGGAGAUAUCCAGAAGGAUAAACUUCCCGACAAAUCGGCGUUGUUACGUCCAGGACAGAAAGACGGUCACACGAUCAUGGUGCGGGAGGAGGGCAAGGUGAUGUGCUACAGCUGGAGUGUGCUGAAGGGGACCUGGGAGGCUGUAGGCGAGGUCGUGGGAGGCACUGGCGGCUCCUCUGCCACUUCAGGCAAGGUACUCCACCAAGGCAAGGAAUACGACUAUGUCUUCAGUGUGGAGCUCGACGAAGGAGGCUCCCUGAAACUGCCUUACAACAACUCCGAGGACCCAUACAUGGUGGCGCAGAAAUUCAUCGACACACACCAGCUGCCGCAGGACCACCUGGAUCAGGUGGCGCAGUUCAUCAUCACGAACAGCAAGUCUGCUCCAUCUGCAGCACCUGCGUCGUCUUUUGACCCGUUCACGGGAGGCAAUAGGUAUAUUCCGGGGAGUGGGACGAGCAACGGCACCAGCAACAGCCCCAGUGGGGGUGACCCUUACACCUCAGUCUCCUCCUAUAGCGGGGCUGGGCGCCCCCACGCUUCAUCUCACUAUCCUCAGCAGAAGCCACUGCUGUUCGAGGCCUGCAACGAGCAGGGCAUCACGGCCAAGUUCAAGGAAACCAACAAACUUGUUGCAGAACAGGUAAGAUUAUCAGAAAGUGAAGUUGAUGAUCUCCUUAAAGGCGUUUUUGGAUCAGAAAACGCAACGAUUGUUAAGACUGAGAGCUUGGGGCCGUUAGAGAAAGCCUUGCAGUGGAGCAACGCUGAGGUGUGGCCGUCCUUAGACCUGUUGCGGCUGAGCCUUCGCUCCCGUGAGCUCCAGGAGCGCUGGAUAGCCGGCAAUAAAGGCUCUGGCAUCGUCAACCUGCUGCUGAUGCUGUUGAAGCCUCCCUCUCCAGCCAACACGCAGCUCCUGGCUCUCAGGUGCUUGGCCAAUCUUGCCGCUCAUGAACCAGGCAGUCAACAACUGUCAAAUUCCGCGGAUGUGAUCGUGUCAACUGUCACCGAGUUGGCUUCUUUUCCCAACAAAAAUCUCGAGAUCGCCGCUGCAACUUUACUACUUAACAUUGCCGUCAUACUCACUUUAAAAACUAAUGAUUUAUCCGAGCUGUGCCAAGUGCUGAGCGGCUUGUGCACGCUGCUGCUCACUUGUCGUGAUGAGGAGGCGCAGUACAGAGCACUGGUAGGUGCAGGCACUGUGCUCGCCAGGGGCAGCCCCGAGUGCUCCCAGUUCGCCAACUCUUUGGACCUGAGACCGCUGCUGGACACCCUCAGCACCUCCGCUACUCCUAAAGUCAAAGAGUGUGCCUUGCAUUUGACCUCAGCUCUCCCUGCAUGAGUUGUGUCAACUUGAACACUGCUUCAUAGAACAUCCAGUUUAGAUCCUUCUUAUCGGUGAUACGGCGUCGUUUUUUGGGGGGAGUGUGUUUUUUUUUGCCUCUGUAUUUAAAGCCUCACAAUUUGCACUUUCCUUUGGAUUAAACUACUCACGUGUGAUCAUGGUCACUAGCAUCAAUGUCAUGGUAAAUUUACUAGUUUUUCUUCUUACCUGUUAAUUAUUGGCAAGUAGCAGCAUACUCACUGAUACCCAGUGAACUAACUCGCAGUGGAAGUGAAUAUACCCAGUUGAUAUUUUAAACUUAGAUUGUUUCAAUUUGUUCGGAAGUGGAUUGUUCACUGUCAACUGUAGGAGUCUCGUGGCGUUCCUUCAAGUUACAUUAAUGAUCCUGUGUUGAUUGAUAACGCAAUUCCAAUAUACGUUUUCAAGUGAAA